AGGCCCUGAGGGGUCGGGCGAGUCGGAACUUGUGUCCGAGGCCCUGAGGGGUCGGGCGAGUCGAAACUUGUGUCCGAGGCCCUGAUGAUCGUAAUUAGUAUGUUUCUUCGCGUUUUUUGUUGCUCUGAUUCGGGUAUCCCUUAUUAUGGUACCCAACAAGUUGUAUUGUGUAAAUUAUGUCUCCCUCUAUUCCAAAUUAUAAAAUGUUUUGAUAUUUCUACAUAUAUUGAUUUUGUUAUGUAUAUACAUAUAUAGUUGUGUCUAGAUACAUAGUAAAUUCAAUUUAGAAAAGUCAAUAUGUCUUAUAAUUUGAAAUAGUGGGAGUAAACUUAUGUACAUAAGUUAUAUAGUAUAACUUUUUUGAGAACGACUAAGUUAGCAAUGUUGAGUUAUUCCUCGAACUUAUGUUGUCUAGAAACACUCCUAAGUUAGUACUGUUAAGUUUAUCGUGAACGUUAUGCUUUUUAAUUCCGUUUUAUAAGUUAUAAGCACAUGCUUCUUAAAAGAAUAUAAAAAAAUUAAAGGACAGGUGAUCUAGCAAAAGAAAGUGAAAAAAAAAAUCGAAUGUCUUAAAAGAGAAAGAGAAACUAUUAUUGUUCUGUCCAAAAAUAAAAAGUAACAUAUGCACUUUCCAAAAAAAAAACAAAAUUGCUGUCGGAAAUUGACCGCUGAUUUCGUUUCUGCUGAACGUUCGUGAAAUAGGGGCGUCGGUCUGUCAGGUGACAACAAGGUCACAUAACAUGUGUUCCUCAAAGCCCAAGCCCACUAGUAUAAAAAAAAAAAAGAAGCCCAAGCCUACCGUCAGCACGCGAACACCGUUCUGGCUUGUGAACUUGAGACCGAGGCGCACGCUUGCACUAGCUCAUUUCCCAACGCGCACCCAAACAUGGCCGCUCCGACCGCCGGCGUCGACACCACCGCCCCGCCUCCUCCUCCCUCGGCAGAGCCCGCGGCUGCACCCGCACCGGAUCAAAAGGUCUCUCCUCCUCCUCAUGCCCCUCAGCCCGAUGCGCCUGCGCCCGCGGCAGCACCGGCUCCUGCGCCCGUGCCCGCGCCAGCGCCGAGGAAGCGGAAGCUCGAGGAAGCGGGGUUCCACACCUCCGAAUACUACAAGAUCCGUGCCGUCGUCGCCGACCUGCGUGUCCGCUUCGUCCAGGUUUACCAAGCUACUGAUUUCCGCAACACGGAUGCUGCUCGUGAGAUUUUGAAAGAAAUAAAUGUGGUCAUGGAUCUAUCCAAGAAAAUGAGGCUCAAGCUUGGUGCUACUUCUGAGCCCGUGAAACCAUUGGAGAAACCUUCAGCUGGAUUUGUGAAGGAUGAGCUUGUGAAACCAUCAGAGAAGCUUUCAGCUGGACCUGUGACAGAAGAGCCUGUGAAGCCAACAGAGAAGCCUUCAGCUGGACCUGUGAAGGACGAGCCUGUGAAACCAUCGGAGAAGCCUUCUGCUGACCCUGUGAAAAAGGAACCCACUGAGCCAGUUCCAGCUGGAGAAAACAAUCAAGCUCCUGGGGUUAGCCAGACUACAAUUCCUCCAAAUGAUGCAGGUGUUGGUGCACCAGUAGUCAAGCAUGAUAACUCAGAGGCGCAGAAGUGAAGAUGAUAGAGGAAACCCAAAGUCCCGAUCCAUUGAGAUGGCAGAUCAUGCAAAUCUGCUCGACAAAAAUGCAGAGUGAUUGGUUGAACCCCUAGGGGCUCAGAUUUUCUUGCCUCUUCUGGAGGUAAAAUUGAUUGCUUUGGGCUAAUCGACGAAGAGUGGUGGGCAUAUCAAGAUCCAAAUUAGAUGGUGUUCAGUUGUUCGCAUUCAUUCAUUCUGUACUGUGUUGCUAAUUGCUCAUGGAUAAUUUAAUCUUUAAAUAGUUACCCUGUAACUGGAUCAUUCUAUACAUCACAUUGCCCUGUUGUACGAAGUAUUAGCCAGUCAAUUUGGGGUGUGUGGGGUUGGCCGCUUGAGUUGGGUUUUGUUGACUCGACUCUGUAGUACACUGUCCUUUUCUCUCUUUAUAUGAAAUGACACGCAGCUCUCCUGCCUCUUGA